AUGUCAAACGGUGCUGUAAAAGCAAUUACUAUUUUGUUUGUUGGAGGCUUAAGCUGGUAUGCUGGGCUUAAAUUUUGGCAGCCUUUGGUGAUAGAUCAGUUAAGAAAAGACGAUAACCUCAGAAAUGAUAUUUAUAUAAGGGAUACAUCUGAUCAACCUGCCUCGUGGAGUGAUUUGAAAGAGAAGGUCAGGGAAACUUUGCAUCCAAACGUACAAGAUCCGAAAGAAACUCAGGUUAAAACAGACCUUGUUAAAGAAACCUCCGAAAAAUGA